CAAUGUCUCAGGCUGUGCAGACAAACGGAACUCAGCCAUUAAGUAAAACAUGGGAACUCAGUUUAUAUGAAUUACAACGAACACCUCAGGAGGCAAUAACAGAUGGCUUGGAAAUUGUGGUUUCGCCUCGAAGUCUACAUAGUGAAUUAAUGUGCCCAAUUUGUUUGGACAUGUUGAAGAACACCAUGACUACAAAGGAGUGUUUACAUCGUUUUUGUGCAGACUGCAUUAUUACUGCUCUAAGAAGUGGCAAUAAAGAAUGUCCUACUUGCCGGAAAAAGCUGGUUUCCAAAAGAUCGCUAAGGCCAGACCCAAACUUUGAUGCACUCAUCAGCAAAAUUUAUCCAAGUCGUGAUGAGUAUGAAGCUCAUCAGGAGAGAGUAUUAGCCAGGAUCAACAAGCACAAAAAUCAGCAAGCACUCAGUCACAGCACUGAGGAAGGACUGAAGAUACAAGCCAUGAACAGAUUACAGCGAGGAAAGAAACAACAGAUUGAAAACGGUAGUGGAGCAGAAGAUAACGGUGACAGUUCACACUGCAGUAACGCAUCCACACACAGCAAUCAGGAAGCCGGCCCUAGUAACAAACGGACCAAAACAUCUGACGAUUCCGGGCUUGAGCUCGAUAACAAUAAUGCAACAGUGGCAAUUGAUCCAGUAAUGGAUGGUGCUAGUGAAAUUGAAUUAGUAUUCAGACCUCAUCCUACACUUAUGGAAAAGGAUGACAGUGCGCAGACAAGAUACAUAAAGACUUCAGGUAAUGCCACUGUUGAUCACUUAUCCAAGUACCUGGCUGUGAGGUUAGCUUUAGAAGAACUUCGAAGCAAAGGAGAAUCAAACCAGAUGAACCUGGAUACAGCCAGUGAGAAACAGUAUACCAUUUAUAUAGCAACAGCCAGUGGCCAGUUCACUGUAUUAAAUGGCUCGUUUUCGUUGGAAUUGGUCAGUGAGAAAUAUUGGAAAGUGAACAAACCCAUGGAACUUUAUUACGCACCCACAAAGGACCACAAAUGAGCUUUUAAAAAAAAUUCUGAGACUGAACUUUUUUAUAGCCUAUUUCUUUAAUAUUAAAGAUGUACUGUCAUUACUUUUAUGGACAGAUCUUGGAUAUGUUGUUUAAUUUUCUUUCUGAGCCAGACUCGUUUACACUAUUAGAAACUUUUCCCCUUAAUUUAAGAUUUCCUUUUUGGAAGGAUUGCAGUUAUCCCAGUACUUUUUCUUUCCUUUAAAAAAAUAUAUCUAAGUCAUAUGUAUCUAAGUAGUUCCAUUUGGAGCACCCUUUUGACCCAGGAAUUUUUCAUAGUUCUGUAUUCUUAAGCAGAUUUACUUGGCCAUCCUUUUCUCUCGCCCCUCAAAAAUUUUUUAGGCCUACAGAAUGUUAAAUAAUAUGUAUGCUGACUCCCCCCCCAGAGUCUUGUAUAUUUGUAGUUUUCUAUAUAAACUAGUAUCUUCAUGAAGACCAAGGCUCAAAUUUACUGUGCUUAAAACAAUUCUCAUAGGAUUAUUAUUUUCAUGGUAUUUUCUUCCAUAAUAUCUCAUUUUAAAAAGAGGUUCGUUAUGAACUUAGUGUCCAUUGUCAUGCAAUGUUCUCUGUGUGUUUUUGUUGUUCUUUUCUGUUUUUUUUUUUUCCCUAUAGUUACUGAAAUUCUGGUCCUGGGGAAGAGAGUCAAA